AUGCUGGAGUGCAGCGAAAGCGAGAAGGGAGCAGAGAUUGACCUGGAUCGGAAGAAAGGUUAUGGACCCAUUGGCAUGCACCGCGCAAAUACAGAGUUUCAAUGGGAAAAAGGAAUCAUCAUAUUCUCAUUACCAUGGCCCGCACCAUGGCGAUGGGAGAGGGAACUUGGAUUGAAAGAAAAGCAUCCUAAUCUCAACUCGCGCAUUCUGUCCAGCCUUGCAACAGUUUUGGCAGACACACGCGCAAAAACUACACCGAAUGACAUUGACAACCUUUUGAAGAGAUGUCCUUUAGCACCUUUAGAUCUCCUACCAGACAAUGACUCUAUUGCUGUGCCAAAGCAAGGUUACCCAGUGGGGAACAUGACUCGCCGCGGACAUGCUGCAUUGGCUGCAUUGGCAAAAUAUGUAGUCAAUGUAUCAGAGCGCAACAUUCUAGAUAUUGUGCCUCAAUUAAUUGGUUAUUUGCGCUUCCUUCCAGCCUACGAGUGGGAGGAAUCACUCUUAGAAGAAGGUCCUCCCUUGCCAGAUUCAGUAACUUACACUCUAACAUACAGCCUACUGGCAAUAUGUGAAAGGCAGGCAGACAUGUACGAUAGAAUUACCAGUGUACUUUGGGAGUAUAGACGUCACUUGAUGCAACUUUUGGAACUACAAGAUGGUAUAAAAUUUAUCCUUAAGUGGAUCAGGUGGCUAAGUUUGUUAAUUGUAGACAAAUACACGGUUGCAUUUAUUCUUCCUUCACUGGUCGGCCUCUCGAGAGCACUCCAGACCUCCCCGUUUCUUUACAAGCCAGAUCAGCUUAUGCAUGUAUAUACUUAUACACAACCAUUACUUAAAGAAAACUUACUCGAAAAUAUUCGCUGUGCAAUCUUGAGGUGUUUAAAAGAGCAUCCGGUAACAUCCUAUAGUCGAUACAUUCUUGACCGCUACUGGCAGAGCGGAAUGCCAUUAAGUAGCAAUCGAGUUGUUUACGAUUUCCUGAGCACCAUUAGGAACGUAUCUAUUAGUGUCGUUGGUAAUAUUAAUCCAAGGGAAAUUAAGGAAAGCUGGGAGUGUCCAGAGUCUGAAGAAAAUCGUCGUGCGGCUGCGAAACUACCGCUGUUACACCUACGCUCUAUUUUACUUAAACAACCUGCAAAGAGGCUUGAUCUCAGUCUCUCCGACUUGGAUGAAAAAAAUGUUUUGUUGAACAAAACUUUGCGAGCUAUUUAUGUCAUGAGCUUGGGCUAUUAUAAAGAUCUUCGAGAAUUUGCAGAAAAGUUUGUUCAGGAUGGAAAGAAGUGGUCUAAAGAUAUAUACAUGACAGAAAUUCUUAGUGCAAGUCUGCAUGUUGCUGCUAUUUCAUCUGCUUAUCUACACCAAGAAGAUGAUGUUCUAAAAGAUUGUUUGUCAAAUUGUCUCUUUACACCAGUACAAGUUGAGGAUUCCAGGGUGCAUAUGGCCGCUUUGGAUGCAGUUACUCUGUUGACAGUCAAUUUUCCGUAUCUGUACACCAGUAUGGCUAAUAUAAUCAGCCGUUUCCUAGUCACUCCAUCUCUAGUAUUCUUGAUUAAGACAGAGUCAGAUGAAGAGUCCCAAUCUAUUCAACAGUUUGCAAUUACCAGACUUGGACAAUGCAUAGAGGCACAACCAGUUUCACAACGACCUUCAUUAGCUGCAUCUCUUCUGUAUGCACUUCUUAAUGAAAUAACCCGGUACACGAAUGAGGAUGGUUCGAGUGAAAGCAGCCUGAGUAGUUUCUCAAGAACUAGCACUAUAUAUGGCGUUCCAAGAACAGAUCAGCUCUCAGAAUCCGAAAAACAGCAAGUUUGUGAGAAUGUUUUGGCUGCUAUUGCAGGUAUUGCAGCAUACACAAAGGAUAGUAAGAUUGUUAUGCAGGCCUAUUCUAUGCUUGCCUUGCGUCGGAAAACUCUUCAAAAAUCCUUGAACUUGAUAUUUGUGAAGAGACUUGUGGAUUUGGCACUAGCUAGCCCACAAAAUGUGUUUCAGGACAUAAUCAAUCUGAUCUCUAUACUGAGCUUUGAAUCAUUUAGCUCUGAUAAUACAGAUCUAGCUACAGCGGUGUUGGAUGCUCAAUUGGAUCUUGCCCAAAGAAUCUCUUGUGUUCCGGAAUAUUAUGACUUUUAUCUCAUUAAUCUUUUGAAACUUUUUAUUAAUAUUGGUAACGAGAUUCAGCGUAAAGACAACAGGGUCAACAGGGAACUGGGGACUGCAUACACUUCUGCGCUUGGCAAAUUACUUCCUGUAUUUGCUACGCUCCUAGACCACAAAGAUUUCCACCCCCAUACAUCGGCUACUGAAGAAAUGGUUCUCUUCUUCCGUAAUUUCUGGUUUCACUGUGUAAUUUUCGGAUUUGUAUCUGAUCGAGCAUGGGUUCGAGAAUGGAACAAUGCGCUUCAUAAAAUUGCAUUCAAGACACCUAUUCUUGCAAUAGAAAGUACGACAGAGCAGCUUGAAAGUGACAUUGCAUUCAAUUCAGUCCUUAGAGGCAGUAAUGAAGAGGCACUUCUUUUACCGAUACGAGAGCAACUCGCCCAACUUUUUCCUACAUACUCUUACGAAAUCAAGUACUAUUCAUUUCCGUACGCCGUGUUUUCUCUCAGUGUAUAUUAUGUUGAGAUCAUGCGGAGCAGAAUGGGUGAUUGUAGCUUUGUUUUACGCUAUUUUAUGAAUACUGGAGUAAAUCACUGCACUGUCUCCAAUUGUCUGGAACUUGUUGCAACACGUGUGGGAGACGAAUAUAUUAAAAAAUCUAUAAAAAGCUCAGCCUCUCAAGAUCUAGAUAAUGGACUCUCCGAGCAAAUUAAAACAUUACUCAAGUUUUGUUGUCAUCGCCUCAAACGUGUUCAUAUAUUGGCUGUUCAAUUGACGGACAAAAUUUCCAAGCAAUUCCCUCAAAUAUUUUCAGAGAAACCAGUGAUUACUUUAUUGCUAGAGCUAUUACAUCUUCUAUGGCUUAGCUGUGAAUCAGAAUACCGGGAAGAGUACACUCCUGUAUUUCACUUUACUUCGAAAAUAGUAAAUGUAACGAUAGAAUUAGGCGAUUCUUAUAGUUAUCGACAUUCUGUCAGCACACACCUGUAUGUUACGGCUAAGACAUGGAUUGAGGCAGCAAUCGAGUGCGCCCCUUUUGAAACAAAUGGCUCAUUACAGUGCUACCUGGCAAAUUUUGACAAAUCGGAUCUUUACUCUUUGUACGAGGAAGCACAUGUGGGGAGAUCUCUAGCGUUAGAGUUAGCUAAAUCGGCAGUAGAGAGCCAGAAUGGUACAGUAUUUGCUUUUAUGCCUCAUAUACCAUCUAUGUCCCUUGACAAUACCUCGAAUUUUUUGUAUCGGUUAACUGCUCGAAUGUAUUUUAUUGGAGAAAUUAGUGGAAUAAAGUAUAUUUCUAGCUUCAAUGAAGUCAAAGACAAACCCCUUCACAAAAUAAGGGACAUGCCUCUAGAAGACCUCGUAAAUUUUGUUAUAGAAACUCUUGAUGAUCUAUCCAAUUCUGUAAAAGAGAAUAAACCAGUAUCGGCAGAGAAUUUACGUACCCUACUCUUUCAAGCUGGAGGAUUUAUAAUAUCUAUGAAAACGAUUCACCCCCUAUUGGUUAACCACAUAGUUCGUAUUCCUAUAUAUAUGUUUACACCCCAAUCACUUGUUAUUGGUACCGACGUUUGGAAUUGGAUCUUGACUGAAAGACCAGAAGUAGAGCAUAGGUUAAUGAUAAAUAUUAAGAAAAUGUGGGAUUGGGCUAUGCAGUAUCGAAAAGGCAUGUUUUCUCCUAUGCUCAAUAUAACACAUCCAUUCAACCGAAAGAUGACAUACACCCCGUCUGUAAAGUCUAUUGCGAUUAAGAAUGUGCAGAUAGCAGAUUCGUUAUUUCUACCCCACAUUACUUGGAUAAGAUUUCUAAGAAGCUGGUUUCAUGCUACAAGACAUCGAAGCAAGCACCUUAUGAUGAUUUUUGUGUGGCUUCUUCGGAACUCGUUUCGAAAUGCAAAUUUAAUGAGCAAUCAUCCAUUAGCAAGAAGGGUUAGGUUUGAACUCUUGAUCUUAGGAAUGGACGUUCUUAAAUUAGUAAAGAUGGAGACCUUAGCAGAAUAUACACUGAGAUCACUAGUGUAUGAUGCUGCGUUUGAUUGGUUCUCAUAUCCUCCAAGAUGGAACUAUGGAUCACAGAAGAGCCUUGCCUUACAUGAACUUAAGAUACUUUCGACAUUUUCUAAAAUAGUCAUGAAUGAUAUGCCCAAUCUUGAAUAUUCCGUAACUAGCUUUAGGACAACCGGUUGUCCUUCUGAUGCAUGCUAUAAAACGCACGUAUUAUUUAAUGGAAUGAAUAGAGUGGAUAUUCUGAAGCGUCAUGCAAAAGUCAAAAAGCUAUUAUUACUUUUUGUGGAUAGCGAAAUAUCUCGCCUUUCUGUAUGGAGUAACCCUCUGAACUCUGUUGGAGUCGGAAAUCCUCCGGCAUAUAUAGGAAAUACAGAAAAAUCAUUAACUACGGAGGAAAUGUGGAGAGAGAUGGUUCGAUUUGCUUGGUGUGUUUCUCCUCGUCUGUCGGUCCAAUUGGAAUCACGUUUUGUUCAGCCAGUAGUCCAUAGAGAAUUGUUCAAUCUUAUAUCUGAUAAAGCACUUGAUGUUGUGGGGGUUCCAGAGGCUUUGACUAUUUUGUUAGGUGACAGACUUUUGCCAGAAUCGAAAGCAAUUUUGAAGUACUUGAAAUAUUGGGCUCCAGUGCCAGCUAUAACAGCAGCCAGCUAUUUUCUCCCGAAAUAUUCAGCAAACCCACUCUUAUUACAAUAUGCUAUGCGUAGUCUAGAAUAUUAUCCAGUUGACACCGUAUUCUUUUAUAUCCCUCAGAUCGUUCAGGCGCUUCGGUACGAUGUUCUAGGUUAUGUAGAGAAGUAUAUUAUGGAAGCCGGACAUGUAUCCCAACUCUUUGCCCAUCAACUCAUAUGGAAUAUGAAAGCCAAUUUCUUCAUCGAUGCUGAUAAAGAAUGCGUCAAGCCCGAUUCCCUCAAACCGUCUCUUGAAAGAGUUAUCGAGAAAUUAACAAACUGCUUUACGGGCGACGAUCGUGUAUUCUUUGAACGUGAAUUCAAAUUUUUUGGCGAAGUUACGGCUAUCUCUGGUUAUCUCAAGGAAUAUAUAAAAUACGGACAAAACGAAAAAAAGCCAAUGCAAAAGAAACGCCUUGAUGAAGAGCUUUCAAAAAUUCGUGUAGAUGUUGGUGUUUAUCUUCCAAGUAAUCCAGACGGGCAUGUUAUAGACAUAAACCGUACUUCUGGUCGUCCGCUCCAGAGCCACGCAAAGGCGCCUUUUAUGGCUACAUUUUUGAUUGAGAAAAAAAUAGAAGACGCGGAUCCUAUUUUGAGUGGCUUAGAAGAGGUUAAGAACGAUGUAGAUUCUAUAAGCCAGAAAGACUCUACUACAAGGGUCUGGCAGGCUGCGAUAUUUAAAGUCGGCGAUGAUUGUCGUCAGGAUGUACUGGCUCUUCAGUUGAUUGCCGUAUUCAAGAACAUAUUCAUGUCUGUGGGCUUGGACCUAUAUGUCUAUCCUUAUCGUGUUGUGGCUACUGCGCCUGGCUGUGGAGUUAUUGAUGUUAUUCCAAAUUCUCUUUCACGAGAUCAACUCGGCCGCGAAAAGGUUAACAGUCUGUAUGAUUAUUUUGCUGCUAAAUAUGGUGGACCAGACACAAUCGGAUUUCAGAAAGCACGAACCAAUUUCGUUCAAAGUGUUGCUGCCUAUUCUGUCAUAUCAUAUCUUUUGCAAAUCAAAGACAGGCAUAACGGAAAUAUCAUGCUUGACGACUCUGGACAUAUGAUACAUAUUGAUUUUGGAUUUAUAUUUGAUAUUGCACCAGGUGGAAUCGGUUUUGAGAGUUCACCUUUUAAACUAACCGCAGAAAUGAUACAAGUUAUGGGAGGCGGCUCCCAAGAACAAGCUUUCAAACAGUUCUCAGAGCUAAUUGUCAAAGCGUAUCUUGCCUGUCGACCAUAUGCAGAACUCAUUAUGCAGCUUGUUUCCCUUAUGCUUAACUCCAGCUUACCUUGCUUUAGAGGGGAGACUAUAAAAAGAAUGCGGAUGAGAUUUCAAGUCGAUAAGUCUGAACGUGCAGCUGCUGAUUUUAUGAUAUUAAGAAUUGGAGAAUCGUUUGAAAAUAGAAGAACGGUCCUUUAUGACUACUUCCAAAAGCUUACUAAUGGUAUACCAUAUUAA